AGUUUGUGUCAUCUGUUACUGGGGCUGCGUACACCAGCGAUCGUGUUAUUUUCGGAGGUGCUAUUUCUUCUAGAGGCCGUUGCAGAGCGGAAUCGGGUUAAAGUUCAGAUCCGGUGUCGGUGUCGAUGAUAAGAGCAAAGUAAUCGCUACUUUGAUGCCCAGGGCAACCACAGUCCCAAACUGCCUUAGUUACUACCAUCGAAGUUAGCGAAGGGAGAAACUAAGUGCGGCCGCCAACUGAACCGACCGAAAGCGGGUCACCUAUAUUCGGGCCUUUAUGCAUUUCACUUCCAUCGAACUCUUUUCGUUGAAAUCGGAAAGGUCCAGGCUGAUUCAGAGCGCACAUCCGGGAAUGGUUUUGAGGCAGCAGCAGCAGCAGCCGGUUCCAAGAACGAAAACAUACCGUCGUGGCUCACUGACCGAUGGCGCGAUGCCCGUGAUUGGUGCAGACGCUGGGGAUGAAACGACGACGACGACGCGUGACGUGUUCGCAUGACGCAAUCGUACGAUGUUCCUCCCAACGCGGCCCUCUGGCGCUACCCCUUCUCUCGUCGUCACCACCGCGACGGAGGCCUGUACCGGGCAGCCUACUAACGCGCCCUACUAUUGCGCACAAACCAUCUGCCUCCAGUAUCGUGUAGUAGCGUUUGUCUACGUUUGAACAAAAGUUCGUGAAUUCACUCGUUCCAAGUGGUUCCCCUGCACCACGGCGUGCAUUGUGCAACGAAGAACAAUCGUGAAGCAGCGAUCGAAGGGAUUAGUGGAGGAGCCAGGUUAUCGCACGCCGUGCGACGAUUCUGUUGGCGAGGAUUGUGAAGGUAACGUGCCGUUAUUGCGCCGCACACUAACGGAGGAGUAGGUGCCGCUGUUGCAAACGAAAGGAAACAACGAACGAGGAAAAGAAGAGGCUAAACGAUGGCAUCAGCAUCAUCGCCAUCAUCAGCAGCAGUAACAGCAAGCGAGCAGCAGCAGGAGAUGAACGAAUCACAACAGGCACCGGCGACACCGGCGAGAAUGUCGCGCAAACGGCCACGUGACAGUUUGGAAGCUACCGGUGGUGGCACCGUGAGCAGCAGCACCAAUGGCAACGGCAAUGGCAACGCCAACUCGAGCAGUGGUCGAUUGACAAUCGAUGAAACGGUAUCGAUUACGAUCGAUCCCAACGGUGAGCUCGAGGAUCGGCUAGUUACGCGGCAAUCAUCACCGCGUACUACACCCGAUAGCAUGAACGGUAGCAGCCGUCGGUUCAGCAGCAUACGCAUCGACGACGAUGUACUCGAGCAGCAGCAGCAACUGCUACCGGCCGCGCAACAUCACGGAGAUCAGCUUUGGCCUCCGAAUAGCGAAGGUGCCAUGAAUGGGCACGUUAACUUCGAGAACGAAAGUAGCGCUCGACCAGGCGCCGUCGUCCGUCUGUCAGGAACGGUGCGUCAGCCGCAGGAGGCUCCAUCGAACGGUGCUGGACCGUCGACCGGAGUCGCGAUCCGCCGCCAGCACGAAGGCAGCGGAGUCGAACACAGCCCACCGGUGACCAUUUGCAAACAGGCUCCUUAUUCGACCGAGCUAGAUGCGAUCCGAGAACGGGAACGAUGCGACUACACACAGAAAAUUACCUACCAAAUGGCUCGAUCCGGUACAGCUCCACGCAUGAUUCGUGUGUAUGCGGACGGUAUCUACGAUCUGUUCCACCAAGGACAUGCCAGACAGCUAAUGCAGGCCAAGAACGUGUUUCCCAACGUGUACCUAAUUGUCGGCGUGUGCAACGACGAGCUGACCCACAGCCGCAAGGGACGAACGGUGAUGAACGAUGAGGAGCGCUAUGAAGCCGUUCGACACUGUCGCUACGUAGAUGAGAUCGUUCGAGAUGCUCCGUGGGAGCUGGAUGAUGAGUUUAUCGAAAAGCACAAGAUCGAUUUUGUGGCUCAUGACGAAAUUCCCUACAGUACGGACGAUUGCAACGAUGUGUAUGCGAAAAUUAAAGCCCGUGGCAUGUUUGUGGCAACGGAGCGCACCGAGGGCGUUUCUACGUCGGACAUUGUGGCCCGCAUCGUCAAGGAUUACGAUAUCUACGUGAGGCGAAAUCUGGCCCGAGGUUACACGGCGAAGGAGCUAAACGUGUCGUUCCUGUCGGAGAAAAAGUUCCGCUUCCAAAACAAGAUGGUCGAGCUGAAGGACAAGGUGCGCAAGGGUACCGACGACAUUAUCAGCAAGUGGGAGGAACGAUCGACCGACCUGAUUAAAACGUUCCUACUAAUGUUCGGCAAAGAGCGAAUCUCAAUGUUUCUGUCUGACUCGAAGCAACGGCUGAAGUCGGCUCUUAGCCCACCCGGCAGCCCGGAGCGGGGCAGCAACAGUAGCCUGCACGAUGGUGCCGGUGACGAGGAUGAUGACGAAGAUCCAGAAAGUCCCGAUUCGGUUCUAGACUCACCGCCGAGCAAACGGUCGAAUGUGCUGCUACGUCGUCACGGUGCCGCGUCGAUGCACGACGAGGAAGAUGAGGAGGACGACGAUGAUGAUGACGAUGACGAAGCUUACCUCGAUUCCCGGUCGCGGCCUAAUUCGAGCUACAACAUUUCCGUGCUAGCUGGAGCUGGAGCUGGUGGUGCUGGCGAUGGCAGCAGAGGCUCUUCGCCCGCACUCGGCAGCGAUGCCCGAAGCCGUGGAUACAGUAAUCGUCACUAUUAAAUAUGUUGAUGAGCUGGCUGCGUUGACACUGUGAGACAGGAAGGCAUCGGCGUUAGAAGAAUCAUUUCCAAGACUCUGGGUUAAGAAGACAAACCAUCGUAACAACUAACCAAACAAUCAAUCGAACGUUCGGAAUGAAUCCGCGGGCAGCGUAGAAUGGAAACACACAUCAUCACCUCACACAUUGUAUUACAUGUGUUGCGCCAUCUACGCGUGCCCGCAGCCAAAUCAGAACAUAAUGUCCGUUUGUGAUGUUGUUGGGACCCGUUUUGUUGAGCAACUAUUCCUCCCAAAAAACACAUUCGUUCGUUCCUCAAAGAAACGCCAACAUAGAGAACAGAAGAUAGACGGCAACAUGCUAUUUGAGAUUGAGACAAAUGUAAAGCAUAGACGAGUGUUAAGCGAAAAUCUGUUCGGUCUAAAGCAUGAUUCAACGAAUUGAAGAAGCGAAACCUACAGCAGCAGCUGCAACGCGAUCAAGUCCUGCAGGUGGUGCUCCGCUUAGGGUACCCUCGUUAACAAAGCCAAAAUUGGAAAAGCUCAGACCUGCUUAAACUGUGAAACGCAUGGCACAGAGAAGGAUGAAUAGGUACGGCAGGGACAGAGAAAGGCUUUUGUGUGAAUGAAUGUAUGGGGUUAGGCUCUAAAUUAUUAAUCGAUCCGGUAAGCGCUAUAAUAUUUAUUCCUUUUUUUUGCAUUAGUAGUUGCGUGUUGUCGCCAUCGGCUUGAUCGCUGGUUAGAGCUCACUGUGGAAAUGAAAUAAUGGGUGCAAACACGAUAGUAGAAUGAUUAAGAAUUGAAUGAAACGGGGAAAGCGUUUCGGUAUAUCCUAUCUUAAAUAGUUUUCCAUCUUAUUUCCAUGGGUUUUGUGCGUACUACAUUUGCAAUGGUUUAUUCGAUUGUGGAAUGCGUUGGGUUAACCAUUCUGCUAUCCUCGAAAAAUCCGGUAUGGUAAGAUGAGAUUCUGAAAAUAAAUACGCCACGUUGAAACACGCGAAGUAAACUCUGCCCGUAAUGCACGCUCUACUGAUGGAGAGGUGAGAAAUGUGAUAAAAGGUAGCCAAUUCUCUUGCUAUUUUUUGCGACAUAAUUCAGAAAUUUAGUUCCUUGUUUCGUUAGCAUUUCCUGAAUUGCAAACACUGAGUACCACUCUAUCUCCGUUAAAUUUGCUUACGGAACGCCCAUGGUUGGUAUUUAUGGUUAGUUUGUUUCUAAUGCUUUGGAUGAGUCGCGUGAUAAUAAUCCCAACAGUUUAGUCGGAUGUGUUACAGUCUGCGAUAUGAAGAGUUCGUAAGUACGCAAUGAACUACUGUGUAUCUCUGUUAACUGUCAUCGUCUGGUGAGAGGAAGCAUGAAGUAUGUUAGCGAAAUGCCUCCCGCUGUUAUCUAAAGGACAACUAGGGGUAAAUAUUUUUUGGUAGGGGGCUCCCUGCCAGAAUUGUAGCUUUAGCCUGGCGACUGAAAUUGUUGGCUAGUACGUAAUGCGCAUUUAAGAAUGAAUGGCAGCGUGAUGUUCACGAGGGAUAAGCUAUGGAGAAGGAAACGUUUUGUAUGCUUUAGGCGGUUUUGUUUUGCCUUCUGGUGGUUUGAUUCAAUGUUAAAUCUAAAGCAUAAAAGAUAAUGGGCAGCAACGAGCACAUGAGAACGUUUAGGCUGGAACUAAAUAGACAUAAAGAACCAUGAAGGUAGACUAAACUAUAGAACUUCCCCCCACCCCACUCUAACUACUUGUCGCGGUAGAGUGUACCAACUCUUGCUCUGCUUAUCCCGAAAUGUUCUUCGUUAGGGUGCGAGGAAAGUUAACAUAAAAUCAACAUAAAGCAUUCUCAUUUAAACAUAACGAACUUAAAUGAAUAAAGGUACAUUCAAGUUGCAAGUUUCGUCACGGGAAAGCGUUUUAAAUGACGAAGAAGAUAUCUGUAUUCCUCGGGGCCAACAAUCCGAAAAACUCAGAAAG